AUUGAUGGUCAGGCUGACGCUGAGCUGAAGCCCGCAGAGGGCAAGGAGUACGCCAUGGAUUCGGAGAGCUACCUGGAGAAACUGUCGGCUCUGAGCGCCAGCCUGGCCCGCGUGGUGGCACCGGCCCAUGAGGACGACGUGGAGCUGGAUGAGUUCCCGGUGGAAGGGGAGACGGCGGAGCAGAUGGACGCAAGGAAGAAGGAGCAGGAGGCCCUGGAGAAGCACAAGAAGCUGUUUGAAGGCCUGCGCUUCUUCCUCAACAGGGAGGUGCCUCGGGAGCCACUGGCUUUCAUCAUCCGGUGCUUUGGUGGCCAGGUCUCCUGGGACAAGUCCCUGUGCAUUGGUGCCACCUACGAUGCGAGUGACCCCUCCAUCACCCACCACAUCAUUGAUCGGCCCCGGCUGGAGCACCAGGUUGUUGGCAGGUAUUACCUGCAGCCUCAGUGGGUCUUCGACUCCGUCAAUGCCAAGCUGUGCCUCCCCGUGGCCGACUACUUCCCAGGCGUGCUGCUGCCUCCGCACCUCUCGCCCUUUGUGACAGAGCAGGAAGGAGACUACGUCCCACCCGAGAAGCUGAAGCUGCUGGCCAUGCAGCGGGGCGAGAAUCCAGAUGAAGAGAGUGAGGAGGAGGAUGAAGAGGAGGAAGAGGAGGACGACAAUGAUAAAGAGAAGGAGGAGGAGGAGGAAGAUGAGUCUGAAAAGGAAGAGGAGAUGAAAUUAAAGAAGAUGGAAGAGCAGAAGACUCAGAGCAACAAGGCACUUCCCGUGAAGGUGACCGCUGGCAAGCUGCGGCUGGAGGACAAGCAGCGCCUGGAGCAGGAACAGCAAAGCGAGGAGAAGCGUCUGGCCAUCAUGAUGAUGAAGAAAAGGGAGAAAUACCUCUACAAGAAGAUCAUGUUUGGCAAGAAGCGCAAAGUCCGAGAGGCCAACAAACUCGCUGCGAAGAGGAAAGCCCACGACAGCGCCAUCAAAGAGGAGAAAAAGAAAAGCAAGAAGGCGCGACGAGCGUGA